AUUUUAUAGCAAGCGGUAUUAUCGUUUAACUUUUAGUAUUCAUUGAAACGGCAACAAAUAUCAGUGACAUUUUCGGCAAAUAGUGACACCUCGAAUUUUAUAAAAGAAUUCGGUCAGGUAGUUUCGUUUCCUUAAAUGAACUUUAUUUCACAAUAAAAUCAAAUGGCGGUGAACGUAUAUUCAACUAAUGUAACGUCAGAUAAUCUGUCCCGACAUGAUAUGCUAGCAUGGGUGAACGAAUGUCUACAGAGCAGUUUUGGAAAAAUAGAGGAAUUAUGCACAGGUGCCGCUUAUUGUCAAUUUAUGGAUAUGCUUUUCCCCGGAUCUGUAUUACUGAAAAGGGUGAAAUUUCGAACCAAUUUGGAACAUGAGUAUAUACAAAAUUUCAAAAUACUUCAGGCCAGUUUCAAGAAAAUGUCCGUUGAUAAGAUCGUCCCCAUAGACAGGCUGGUGAAAGGUAGAUUCCAAGAUAAUUUCGAGUUCCUGCAGUGGUUCAAGAAAUUCUUCGACGCCAAUUACAAAGGGACGGAUUACGAUGCGUUGGGAGCACGAGGGGGUGAACAACUCGGCCAAGGAGGAGCCAACGCUCCUAAAGGGCAUUCUCUGAUGUUACGUCGACCGAACGCGUCGCCUUCAUCGCAUGUUAUCCCACCGCAACAGACGUCACCGACAAACAAGCAGAAGCCUGCCAUUAGGGCCAUGCCCAAAGUGAAUGCAGUAAGACCAACAACGAAUACACAGAAACCGAUGAUAAAUAGAUCCCAAGCAGGUGAUGCUGGAAAGUUAGAUGAGUUAACGAGUCAAAUUGCUGAAUUUAAGCUGACUGUCGAUGGACUAGAAAAAGAGAGAGACUUUUAUUUCGGAAAACUUAGAGACAUCGAGGUGAUGUGUCAAGAAUGCGAAGAUGGGAAUCCGAUUAUCCAAAAAAUAUUGGACGUUUUAUACGCAACAGAGGAAGGAUUCGCUCCUCCCGAUGAGGUAGAAGGUGUGGGUGACGAAGACGAAUACUAAAAAAUCGACUUGUAAUCACCUUGCGGAAUCAAAAUCGCCUUAAGUUAUUGAACAUAAUAAUAGAAAAAAAAACGAAAAAAAAAAAUCAUUUUUGUAUCUACAGCAACAUGGAUUUUUUAAAAUAAUAAUUCAGUUAAGUUUAUUUGAUAAAAUAGUUUUAUAAGUGUUGCUUACAUUCGUGUGUCAAGAUGGUAUUUCAAAAGCACGUCAUUCGUUUUUAUACCCCUUACAAACAGAAACUAAUUUUUAUUUAAAAUCGAAUAUGACUGCCACGUUGAUUGUUCUCUUAUUUGUCUCUUUCGGUCGGGUUAAAUCGGCUUCGAAUUAUCUUGAUAUACAACAUUGUUUUUAAAAUGUUUAUAAGCUUUUUAACGGACACGUCAAUCAAUCAAAAAUUUUUUGUACGUUAACAUUAAUGUGUGUGUGUGUGUAUUCGGAAGUCGAUAUGCGAUCGAUGCGGCAGUCAACGUGUCGCAAUCGCCGACACCUCCAUACAUUAUAUUUGUGAUCCUGUUUUUUUUUGUAAUGCUAAUCGUUUCUAUUGAUAAUACAUCUGUCAAUAUUAAA